AUGAAGAUUUUACUCCUGCUACACUGGCUUGGCGUGUUUUUGUCCUUUUCUGGACACACCCAGGCUGAGCAUCCUCAAUACCAUAGCCCCCCUGAGGUGGUGAUACCCUUGAAGGUAACUGGCACUGACAGAGGAAUCAACACUCCAGGCUGGCUCUCCUAUAGCUUGCAUUUUGGGGGCCAGAAACACAUUAUCCAUAUGAAAGUCAAGAAGCUUUUGCUGUCUAGACACCUCUCAGUGUUCACCUACACAGACCAGGGUGCUCUCCUUGAGGACCAGCCUUUUGUUCAGAGUGACUGCUACUACCAUGGUUAUGUGCAGGGGGACACAGAGUCUCUGGUUGCUCUUAGUACCUGUUUUGGGGGCUUUCAGGGAAUAUUACAGAUAAAUGAUACUACUUAUGAAAUCAAGCCCAUGAUGUUUUCUGAAACAUUUGAACAUCUGAUAUAUAAGAUGGACAGCAAGGAGACGCAAUUUCCAACCAUGAGAUCUGGAUUUAUGCAAAAUGAAAUAGCAUGCCAAAUGGAAUCUCAAGAAAUUGAUAAUUCCACCCUGAUGCAAAGUUCAUAUGAGGGUUGGUGGGUCCAUUUUAGGAUUGUUGAAAUGGAACUGGUGAUUGAUAAAUAUUUAUACAAUCGCUAUGAAAGAAAUGACUCAAAAUUGCUGGAAGAUCUAUAUUCUGUUGUAAAUAUAGUAGAUUCCAUUUAUGAAGUCAUGGGUAUUAAGGUGUUUUUAUUUCGUAUGGAGAUCUGGACUGAUAAAAACCCCAUUGUAGUAGAUGACGUAAGGAAAUCUGUGGAUCUAUUCUGCAGGUGGAAAUUGCAAAGCUUUCUUGCUGAGAUACACCAUGAUGCUGCACAUCUUUUCAUAAAUCGGGGAUUAAGAGGAUUAAGUGGCUUAGGCAUGAAGUAUGGAGCAUGUAAAUUAAACCGUAAUUGUGCAAUUGUUACUUUUAUGAACAAAACCUUGGGCGUUUUUGCAAUUGCUGUGGCUCAUCAUUUAGGUCAUAAUUUGGGCAUGAGCCAUGAUCAUUCUGAAUGUAAAUGUGCACAUCCUAAAUGCAUAAUGCACGAAGAAAACCCACCUAUAACUAAAUUUAGCAAUUGCAGUUAUGCUGCUUUUUGGUUUUAUACUGUAAGGCAGACAAAAUGUAUGUUUGAACAUGUAUACUCAAAGGACAUCUUUAACCUGAAGAGAUGUGGAAAUGGUGUUGUGGAAGAAGAAGAGGAGUGUGACUGUGGACAUUUGCAGCGUUGUGUACAAGAUCCCUGUUGUAUGCCAGACUGCACGCUGACUCAUGGGGCUUCUUGUGCUUUUGGGCUUUGUUGCAAAGACUGCCAGUUCUUACCAUCAGGGGAAGUGUGUAGAAAGGAGGUCAAUGAAUGUGAUCUUCCAGAGUGGUGCAAUGGAACUUCUCAUAAGUGUCCAGAUGAUGUAUAUGUGGAAGAUGGAAUUCCCUGUAAGGACAGAGCUUACUGCUAUGAAAAGAGAUGUAGUGACCGCAAUGAACAGUGUAGGCAGAUUUUUGGUGGAAAGGCACAGAAUGCAAAUGAGACUUGUUACACACAAGUGAACAUCCGAGGUGACCGUGUUGGUCACUGUGGUAUGAAAGGUUCCUCAUAUGUAAAAUGUAAUAUCUCAGAUGUCCUGUGUGGAAGAAUUCAGUGUGAUAAUGUGAAAGAAAUUCCCUCUAUGACUGAUCAUACUACUGUGCAUUUGGCUCACUUCAAUGAUGUAACGUGCUGGGGUACUGAUUACCACUUUGGGAUGAAUAUACCUGAUAUUGGUGACGUGAAAGAUGGCACAGAGUGUGGUCCAGAACAUAUCUGCAUCCACAGGCGGUGUGUCCAUAUAGCUGCCUUGGAUAGUGAUUGUUCACCGAAAUUUUGUAACAUGAGAGGCAUCUGCAACAAUAAGCAUCACUGUCAUUGCAACUAUUUGUGGGACCCUCCCAACUGUCUGAUAAAAGGCUAUGGAGGUAGCAUUGACAGUGGCCCACCCCCUAAGGUAAAGAGAAAAAAGAAGUUUUGUUACCUGUGUCUAUUGUUGCUUAUUAUUUUGCUUAUUUUAUUAUGUUGUCUUUUUUGGCUUUGUAAUAAAAAAAGGCCUAUGAAAAAACAGCAAACUGUUCAGGUUAUACCUGGAAAAGAAAAGGAAACAAUUCAGAGUCAAGCCAGCAGCAGGUUGCCAUCCCUGGGUCACGAUGAGAAACAAAAGCAACCUGGAAGAGAAAAGGAAGGGACUCAGAGUCAAGCCAGCAGCAGGUUGCCAUCCCUGAGUCACGAUGAGAAACAAAAGCAACCUGGAAAAGAAAAGGAAGGAACUCAGAGUCAAGCCAGCAGCAGGUUGCCAUCCCUGAGUCACGAUGAGAAACAAAGGCAAUCUGUACCAAUUCCAAAAACUGUAUCCAAAAAAAGUAUCCAUUAA